UUGACAUUGGUCUUGAAACUGAUCGUCAAAGAGCAAUCGCCAAUCUGAAGCAAACUUGUUUCGCAUAAUAAAACUUGAACAAAGCUCUAAAUAAAUAUACAACAUGAAGGCAUCAUUGCAAAGGUGUUUAUUUCUCCUCUCAAUUGGUUUACUAAUUCUAAGUGUGGCAGGGUGCAUUGUAAAACCGGGGACGUGGAUCGCCCUCCCAAAUAUUCCCGUCGUCCCACAACCGCCAGUCCCAGUGGGGGCCCGCGUCUGUCCCACGAACGCCUGCUGUCCAGGCGUGUGCACUGCUCCCGACACGUGCGUCAAUCGUCGCUGUGUGCCCUCCAAUGGUCCUGCCCCCCUCUGCACCGGAGCCGCCUUCCCUCUCACACCCGCCUGCGUUGCCCUGGGCUGCCUGGCGACCUCGUGUGGGGCCACCAUUUGCCCUGCCACCCUUCCCCAACUCUGCCCACCCACGCUCUGAAGGUCACCAGUCACGCAGGCUCCCCACAUAAUCCAAGAGUCCAACUACACAAGUGACCUCUCAGACCAAAUAGUUAUUUUGUAUCCUUAUUAUGAUCACUUAAUGCAGCGUUGGGUUACAUGAUAAGUGAAGCGAGCUUAGCAAAAGCGUCGUUGACAGAAUAAAAUUGUAAUGCAUUUAAUGACAA